GAGGGACUAAGGCUCAACUGUUCUUGCUCCUCUAAACAAACAUCAUGGCUACACGUGGGGCUGAUGGUUGUAAGUUUAAGAAAAAGAAAAAAGACAAUUUCCUUCGACAAGCUAAGAGACACGCGAAAAGGGGUAACUUUGGCUUAGGGAAAAGAUUAUCUGAAGAAGAGUAUAAUUAUUAUAUGCGUGUGUUUGAGCAGCUGAAACAUGUGGAUGGUGAAGAAAAAGAGAUUUUGGUGAGAAAUUUUUUUUAUGAAUUGGAGCGAGAGGGACAGGUGAAGAGUUUAGCAAGUAACCAGGUUAUAUCCCGUAUUCUUGAUGAUGCUCUGCCUCUAGCUGACAUCAAGCAAGUUCAGGCACUGUCUCAGGUCUUUGCCACUGAUCUCCGACCGACAUGUAUUGAUCCUUAUGCUUCACAUGUUCUGCAGACUUUACUCACACUUUCAUUAAAGUAUGGACAGAGAGGUGCAGUGCAGAAGCGAUGUGAGGAAAAUGAUGAAGGAGAGACUAAGGAAAUAAUAAUUGAAGUUACUGAUGAACAAAGAGAGGAAUUUAACACCUUCAUGAAUAAGGUGGGACGAUUUGUAUACAAUAACUUGGAAGACUUUGUGUGCAACACAUAUGCCAGUCAUGUCAUACGCACUGUAUUAGAAAUAUGUUCGGGUGUGGAACUUCAAGAUUCUGUAAAGAGCAGUCAUCGAGCACAAACUACACAUGCCCUGCAAAAAGAAGUGGGGAAGUUCAUCACAGUUCCUUCUAAAUUGAAGGAGUUGCUACAUGAUAUUGCUGUCAGAUUCACUAAGUUACCAAACCUUUCAGAAAUAAUCCAAUAUGACUGUGGUUCAGCAGUGUUACAGUCUCUGCUCAUGGUUUUAAGAGAUGUUGAAGAGGAACAGUGUCAAACAUUAGUGACUCAUAUUCUGCAGCAUGGCUUGACUGGGGUGUCUGCUUAUUAUGAUGAUGGUAGCAAUUAUGAAGGUGUGCCUGUUGGUUUGCCUACACUGUUCCAAGAUAAACCAGCCUCACGCCUGCUGGAGGUCAUGAUAAUGUCUUCCACAGCUGAACAACAAAAAGAAAUUUUCCAACAGUAUUUCAAGGGAAAUAUGAAGACGCUAGUUCAACAUCAUUCAGCAAACUUUGCUGUACAGAAGCUUUUGUCAUCUUGGAAAGAAAAAGAUACGUUUGGGGAGCUGUUUGAAGAAGUGUGUGAAGCAUUAGAAGCAGCAACUGAGGCUCAACAUAUGGGUGUGGUUCAUGCACUUAGCCAGGCAUGUCGCAGACUCUCCGCUUCCCAGUCAAGAUGUAUGCAGGCUUUGAUGCAGUUACUUGGGUGCUGGGAGCCAGAAAGAUUGCAGGUACAGUUUGCUCCAAUGCUGCUGCGGAUGAUGCCUUAUAAGGAGUAUCAGGCCAAACACUCAGAGGGUAACUUGCCUCCUAUAUCUCUACAAGGUGCUCUCACUCUCCAGGAGCUACUACAUUUCCAUAAGCCUAUCAAGGUGGUGAACAGCUUACUUGACAUGAGUGUAGCAGACCUACAGGUGAUGGCCUGUGACCCCCGUGGCUCUCAUGUUGUUGAUGCCUUUGUUUUGAGCACCUUUUUGGGGGCUAAAAAUCGAGAAAAAUUUUUGAAUAGAUUUAAGGGAACGUGCACAUCACUUGCUUGUUCCAAGCACGGCUCCCGUAGCUUGGAGGCAUUGUGGAAAGUGGCCAGCACCAAAAUCAAGACACAAAUAUGUAGUGAACUUGUUGUGGAUGAGUUGAAAUUGAAGGGCAGUCCAUUUGGAAUUAUAAUUUAUACAAAUUUUCAGGUUCAUAUGUUCAGAAGAGGAGAUAAAUCUGACUGGCAAGAGCUCAUAGACAAGGCAGAGAAGAAGCGAAAACUGUUUGAUGAUUUGUUGGUGGAAAGUGGAGGUGAGCAGAAAAAGAAGAAACACAAGAAGAAAGAGGUCACUUGAUUUCGUUGAAGAUAUUUUCAUCGAUACAGUUGGUAAUUAUUCAGAUUAGAAGACUUUUAAAUCAUAUUAAUUACCC